GGAUCAACCUCGUAAUACCCCAAACCGUCAUAGAUUUUUGAAUUGAACUCCCAAACCUAUUUUUCUAAAAACCUAGUUUAUUCUUCAUAUAUAGACAAUCCUCUAACCUAAACCCUAAAUUUAGGACGAAUGUCCAAUCCACCCCCUCAGCCGCCGCCACCCGCUGUCUCCCACCUCGGGAUCCUCUCGAUCCACACCCUCCAACCAGCGCCAAUGCUUCUACCUAGUUUCAGUGCCACCCAACCAGAUCAGAGCAGCCUGAUCCCCCGCAGAUCCUCCUAUCCCUAUGGACGCGUCCGUCACCCGCAGGGAUCCCGAGGCUCCCCGGCCGCCUUCCCGUAGCGCCGUCGUGGGUCAUGUCGCUGCUCCUCCCCAACCCCCGCAGCCCCGCAACCAGUAGGAGUGGCAGCUCCCGCCGCACGCUGCUGCUUCGACCCCAUGCUCCACCUCGCCGUUUGGCCUCCUCGGAGCUCCUCGGCGACCCAGACCCCGCCAGAGCGGCGCAGGGAGCGGCCGCCGCCGUGGAGAAGUUCCAGCCCCCUUUCGUCGUCAGGAAUUGGACGCCCACGCUCGGAUCCGCCCAGAUCCGGUGGCUCCUCGUCUCGGCGCCGUAGCACUGCGUCGCCCGACUGCCUCUUCUUCCACCACCGCGACAUGGCUCCUGCCCUCGUGCACGCGCGUGGGUGGACAAAGCGGCGACCGCCCAUGUUGACCACAAGCGCUUCGCCGUGUGGGACGUCCCCAAUGCCAAGUGCCAGGCUCGUCAGCGCCUCCUCGGAUGCGCGCCUGCUACGGCCUCCCAAGGCCAAGCCCGUCACUGCGGAACCAGCCCAUGCCGGGGCAUGUUGUGCCUCAUACGUCGGCCCAGUUCCCCAGCGGAGCUCCCCCGAGCCCAUCUCCAACGACCGGCUUGUUGGCCCAAGGUAAGAGAGAACAGAAGAUGGAGAAGAGUGCCUUGGUGACGUUCCUGCGAUCAAGGAUGCUUCCCAGUCAGAAUGCCUCUAGGUUAAGGCUGAUGGCAUGGGUUCAUGCUUUCGACCAAUAUUUCCGCUAUUGGUCAAGUUUGGUGUGCUGGCCUUCAAGGCCCCAUCUCUGUAAGACUUGACCGCAAUGUUCAGUACUUGUAUGAGACGAUAUGUAUGGAUGUAAGACUCCUGUUAUUCAGUUUCUGUGUGUUCGGUGAGCAUUGAUCUGUGAGAUCAAUGAGCACGUUCAUUUCGGUGACCACGACUCGUAAGUCGGGGUCCCCAUAGUAAAUACUAUGUUAAAACGGUUUGUCUCAUAAUUAAUUAAAUGUAGCUCCGAUUGAAACGAUCUA